AUGGCGUGCGUGGUCUUGGCCAUGAGCCACUUGAGAAUGGAACCUGAGGAGAAGGAUGCCUCUAGCAGGCGUGCAGCGUACCCGACAAGAUGGCCAAGCAAAUCCCUUGGAGAGGCCGGCGGUUGCACGUCUUGCCCAAGACACGCUGACUACGAAGUACGAGUGCCUACGGAGUACAUACGUACGACAUCGCCAAUGCAGGUGGGUUCACCCAACGGCGCUCUGGCCUGCGGUGCAGGGGCUGGAGGAGGCCUUGUUUAUAGCUUUGAAUGUGUCAUUUGCCAGGUGCCUGGCUCGAAUGAAAGGACGACAAAUUAUACCGUGAGACGUCAGGCCGGUAAGUGGUGCGUGCGAGGAGAGGUCGCCCGAGCUUGUGAGUGCGAGCAUUUUUUAUCUUCGCACAGCUACGCGCGGAGAAGGUUAAGCAAGACGAUCAAACGCAUGAGCGUCGCGUCUGGUGGACCUCCAGGGCGGCAGCCUUUUGUGAGAUGCCGACCACGGAGCAAGGGAAGCGAAUCGCCAGGCCGCCCACCGACACGCCAGCGCAUGCGCCGGCCACAGCUGCCUUCGGCCCGGCGGCGUCGGCACCAGCACCUCAGCCAAGGCAGCUGGCAGAGGACAGCCGGCGCCAGGUGCGACAACGUUACCUUUCGGCCGGCUGGUGCUGGGCCUCUGAUGAGAGCAACCGGACUUGAACGGCCCGCACAACCCAGCGUUUGCGAGACCAGAGUCCCCUAUACUUGUCCCUGCCGCGGCGGCCCCGCCGUGGGCGCUGCUGGUAGCCGGUACUCGGUACCUUGGGUGGCAGCAGCCAGCGCGUGGUGCCCCGCAGAUCUGUUGCCGCAACCUGGAACGUCGACAGAUGCAGCCAAUCAGCCCCCGGCCUCGGCUGGAGCUCUGGUUGUCUGGGCAGAAAAACACUGGGGAAGCAUCGCGCUGGCGAGCCGAGUCCCCUGUGGCCGACAGAGCCAUGGAAGCGGCGCUGAUUGCUGGGCUCGCUCCCCAGUGUCCACCGAAAACUCUCCAGGAUUCCUGUCCGGGCGUGUCCACCUUUUGCCGACAAUUCCUCUUACUCUCUCUUCUCUCGUCCGCCUCGUCUUCAUACCGCUUCGCUCUCCGCCCAGGCCCUCGCCUCUCUGCUCCCCCUCCUCGGCCUCCGCUCGCCUACCCACCGCGAUCGAGCCCUGCGAGUUUCGCCUCCCAAUUGGUCCCAGCUCACCGGCUCGUUGA